AUUCUUCAAUUUCACCAUAGAGCACCAACAAUUCUGCAGUUUCUUUCUGGGUUUUCUUCAAUGGCCCCUACACCUUCUUCUAAAUCCGUUCAAGGACAAACAACUCCACUAAGAACACCUCAGUCGAAGCAUCGCUCAAAUUUAUUUCCAGUGAAGAGCACCCACCCAUCUCCGAAUCCAAACUCUGUGGCUAAAGAAAAUCCACCGGCAGAGCAUCCAGUCGAAGUCAUUGGUCGAAUACGUGAUUACCCAUAUCGGAAAGACAAGCCCGUUUCAGCAUUGCAUAUCUCUUCCGACAAGAAGAGUGUUCGUGUCCGAACUGAUAUAGGCUAUAGAGAUUUCAGUCUUGAUGGUGUUUCUACCUCGGAGGAAGAAGAUCUCGAUGGGUUCUACAAAAAAUUUGUGGAAUCGAGGAUAAAUGGGGUCAAAUUGGGGGCGAAAUGCACAAUCAUGAUGUAUGGUCCAACGGGUUCUGGCAAGAGCCACACGAUGUUUGGGUGCCCAAAGCAGCCGGGGAUUGUAUAUAGGGCUCUGAGAGACAUUCUUGGUGAGGGGAAUGAAGAAAAAGAAAACAGCACAUAUGGUCAACGUUUGGGCUUCGGAACAAUUGUUCAAGUAACCGUUUUGGAGAUCUACAAUGAGGAAAUUUACGAUCUUUUAUCAAACAACAAUGGCGGAGGAUUGAGCUUUGGGUUUACUAAGGGAAACGCUUCAAAGGUGAGACUUGAAGUGAUGGGGAAGAAAGCAAAGAAUGCAACUUUUAUCUCCGGACAUGAAGCUGGAAAGAUAACCAGAGAGGUAGCAAAUGUAGAAAAGAGAAGGAUUGUCAAAAGCACUAACUGUAAUGACAGAAGCUCCCGAAGCCAUUGCAUGAUCAUCUUGGAUGUUCCUUCUGUGGGAGGAAGAUUGAUGCUUGUCGAUAUGGCUGGUUCUGAAAACAUUGAGCAGGCUGGCCAAAUUGGAUUUGAGGCAAAGAUGCAGACAGCAAAGAUCAACCAGGGAAAUAUUGCCCUGAAGAGGGUAGUUGAAUCCAUAGCAAAUGGGGAUUCCCAUGUUCCAUUCAGAGAUAGCAAGCUAACCAUGCUUCUGCAGGAUUCUUUUGAGGAUGAUAAAUCAAAAAUCUUGAUGAUAUUGUGUGCAAGUCCUGAUCCCAAGGAGAUCCACAAGACUAUUUCCACUCUGGAAUAUGGAGCAAAGGCCAAGUGCAUUGUGCGUGGCUUUAAUACACCAACCAAGGACAAAAGUGGUGCUGAGGAUUCCACAUCUUCUGUAGUUUUAGGUUCAAGGAUUGCAGCUAUGGAUCAGUUUAUUUUGAAGCUGCAAAUGGAGAACAAACUUAGGGAGAAAGAGCGCCAUGAAGCACAAAAAGAGCUCUUGAGGAAAGAAGAAGAAAUCGCUGCUUUGAGGGCUAAGCUGGAGGUAAAAGGGAGGGAUUCUGGAGUGAGUGAAGAAGAGAUCAAUGUGAAGGUCAAUGAAAGAACCCAGAUUCUGAAACUUGAGCUGGAGAAGAGGUUGCAGGAGUGCCACCAGAAGGCAAAUGAGUUUGUUGAAUUUGGAAGGCAGAGAAUGGAAGAGAAAAUAUUGCAACAGCAACAGGAGGUUGAGAUGCUGAGACGGCGGUUGGAGGAAAUUGAAACUGCGCUUAGUAGUUCGACAGAUAGCAGUGGUGACAAGAACAGUUUACAAGACAUGGAUGGAAACAGCCUUGCAAAAAGACUAAUGGAAGUUUAUUCUGAUCCAGACCAUGGGAUGGAGAAAUCCAUGGACCUGGAUAUGGGGGACAGGCAACCAUUUGUUCAUGAUGUGAAAGAGAUAGAUGGGAACGUACAUCAAAUUGACAACUUAGGUAACCAAACACAGUUUAAUGUUUAUUGCUGGAGUGCUAAGGAAGAGGAAGAAGAUGAUGAUAUGGUUGUUGCACCAAAAUUUACAGAGAAAGUAUGUUUGAGUACUGUGUUCGAAGAGGAGGAAGAAGGAGAAGACACAGAAAAUGUGGAUGAUGAAGAGGUAGAGAAAGAAAUAGUAGAGGAAACAACUGUAAAUUUGAGCACGAUUGAUGGCUCUAGUCCACGGAUCAAUUUCAGUAAGGGCUUUUAUGCAGCUAGUCCACAGGAGCUUGUACCAAUACUACCUUCUUGCAACAAGGAAACCAACAAAUUUGAUUAUAGCAGAAAUAGAUCUGAAGAAAAGAAUGUGACUCCAGGAGUGAUGGGUGAAUUGGAAAAUGCAAAAGAUGCAGUCUCUGCUAGAAGAACAAGAAUCCAAAACAUUUUCAUGCUCUGUGGGAACCACAGAGAGCUUGGACAAAAUGUCAGAAUUGCAACACCUUACCCGAAAAGACCUCUAGCUUCAGACAUACAAUCAUCUCCUGUGACAACAGCUGAUGGUGAGUCAGUUAAAAUGAAACCUCCUUCCAACAGAAUAUCAGAGCUUCAAACUGUUUAUGUGCCAGAGUUUGGAUUGAGUGAUCAAGUCCUGGCUGAUGUAACAGCAAAAAACAUCACAGGAACACCAAAUCCAGCACCCGUAGCAAAGCCACUCACAACACUUAAAUUUGUCGACGAGCAGAAAUCAGCAGAAGCUGUCCCACUGAACAGAAAUCGGUGGUUCUCUUCUGAGAUGGCCCAGGACUCGAAGGAGAACAACAGACCAGAAGACAGAAACACAGAUGAUCUUGUUGAAUUGUAUGUGAAAUGGGAGGCCUCAAAGGAGAAUUCUGGGAAGUUCAUUAUGAAGUUGAAUGUUGAAAAGGAUUCCAGCCUUGCUGAUCUGCGGAAGCUGAUUGAGACCCGUCUUGUGGAGGACAAUGCUACCAAGCAAGGAUUCACAUUUCUCAUGCUUGGGGAUCCUACGGGUGCUCCAGUUGUGAAAGAGAAGGAAGCAACAAUUCAAGCAAGCAAACUCCCCAUUUGUAACAACCAGUUGAGUGGCCACUUGGCUUGCUUGCGUCCAGUCAAGGCAACCCAACAGACUAAUCUUCUCCCCUUUAGCUCACUGGAGAAUAAACUUGCACAUGUACUUCCAAAUGUGCUACCUGUAUAAGAAUGUAUUACUUGUAUAAAAACCCUUUUUCCCGCAUAUCACAAUGUUUCUUUUUUUGGUUAACAAGCCACUAUGUUUUCUCCUGGGUUUGUUGGAUGAUCCAAAAUUUUCUUUCCAAUUUUACCAUCAAUAUAUUCUUUUUCUCUUU